AUGAAACUCCCCCACAGCAAAUUCACACUGCUCCUCCCGCUUGGGUUCAUCCUAGCCAUUAUUUCACUCCUCCUCUCCCCCCAACUCAAGAACAAUAUAUUCCAAAACUUGGCCCAGAAUCCGGAUAUCUCCACCCAAACAACAUUUGGUAAUGACACUCACCACGUCGAUCUACCAGCCGACACCACAGCACCGAGCUACCUGGAUGUCUCUUCCUCAAAGGAGUUCCAGGCCGACCUCAAGAGGGAAAGAGAAGAGAGGCUCGAGCAGUACAAGAGACUGGCUGUUUCUUAUUCACAGCGACGAUUGGAGCGACAGAUGAACGCUAGAAAGAGAGUUGAGAAGGUGGGCGCCGCAGUGGGGAUCUUUGUUCUGGGUGCUUUGGGAUGGCUUAUUACGGGUUGA